CGUACGCAUGCGCACUGCGUCAUUUCCUCCACCGCCGGCCAAAGUCUUCAUUAUUAGCAGUUAGCUUGGCGCUGGCCAACAUCGGCGGAGGAAACUACUUCACAGAAAGUGAAAGCAGCAUGACGACGAUGCGCCUAGUCCCACUACUGUUGAUGGUGACGGUGUCAGCCGUGGAGGUGCAGCGACCUCGGGGAGUGCCGCUGACAAAAAAGCAUUUCUAUGAGGAGGGCACACCCUUCACCUGCCUGGAUGGCUCUCGCACCAUUCCCUUUGACAAGGUGAAUGACGACUACUGUGACUGCCAGGAUGCUUCUGAUGAGCCAGGCACGCCAGCUUGCCCAAACGGCAGCUUCCAUUGCAACAAUGCAGGUUAUCGACCUUUCUUCAUACCAUCGUCCCGCAUCAACGAUGGGAUAUGCGAUUGCUGUGACGCGACAGACGAGUACAACAGCGGUGCUACCUGCCAAAACACCUGCAAGGAAUUAGGGCGCCAAGAGAGAGAGAGUCUUUAUCAGUUGGCUGAGAUCACCAGGGAGGGCUUUAUGCUUAAACAACAACUCAUCAAGGAGGCCAAGAAGGGUCUGGAGGCCAAGAAGUCCAAAGUAUCAGAACUUGGAGCCGAUAAGAAACAACUGGAGGAGAAGGUAGAAGCUCUGAGAACUGUGAAGGAAACUGCAGAGGAGCCUGAGAAGGUAGCUAAAGAGCGCCAUCUGAAGGCAUGGGAAGAUCAAAAGGCUGCAGUGCGCACAGAGAAGGACAAAGCUCGAAUGGCUGAAGUGUUUCUUGAGCUGGACGAUGAUGGCGAUGGCUUCGUUUCCGUGACUGAGCUUCAAUCCCACACUGAGCUCGACACAGAUUCGGACGGCUCUUUCACCGAAACGGAGGCUCAGGCCAUUUUGGGCGGUGUGGACGUGGCAGACCCGGCGGCGUUUCAGGCAGCCUGGAAGGACAUCAAAGACAAAUUCAUAUCCGAGGCCCAAGCACCGCUGGAGACGCCGCACAGUGAGGCAAGGGAGCCUGUCUCCGACAAUGACUCUGAACAUUACUCUGAGGUUGAAAUCCCGGAGGAAGAGGAGGAUGAUGAUCUGGAGGAGGAGGAGGAAGAUGAUGAUCAUGAGGAAGCAGACUUUAAUAGACCUCCUGCCGUGCAAGAAAAGGUUGACGAAGACGAGGGGAUGAUGCCGCCCUACGAUGAGGAAACGCAGACCCUCAUUGAUGCUGCUCAGAAAGUGAGGGAGGAGUUUGACGAGGCUGAGCGAGCUCUCCGGGAAUUAGAUGAUCAAAUGAAGAACCUUGAGAAGGAAACUUCCUCUGACUUUGGACCCAAUGCUGAGUUUGCCUACCUCUACAACCAAUGCUAUGAGUUAUCUACUAGCGAGUACAUCUACAGGCUUUGCCCUUUUAGUCGAGUAUCCCAGAAACCCAAGUAUGGUGGAUCAGAGACCAGUUUGGGGACCUGGGGCCAGUGGGAAGGUCCUGAGGGUGACGUCUACAGCGUGAUGAAAUAUGAUCAUGGAAUGGGAUGCUGGCAAGGACCCAACAGAUCCACCAUGGUAAAGUUAAAAUGCGGGAAGGAGACGGUGGUAACGUCCACGUCAGAGCCCAGUCGCUGCGAGUACUUGAUGGAGUUCACCACACCUGCACUCUGCCAGGAUCCCAAGACCCUGGAGCAUAUGCUGCAUACAGAGCUCUAGAGGCACUCCAUUUGUUGUUCACCAGGGACCACGUUGCUGCGGCAACAGGAAGCUGUGGGCCAGGGCGCCUCCGUGUUAAGUUGUCAUUUCCAGUCAGUUACAUUCCAGUUUUAACGUGUGCAUCAAGUGUAAUAUUUCAUCUAACUUGACAUAAAUGUGUUUUCUUUUAAA